AUGGAGCGAUCCAUGUUCACCAAUACGGAACUGCAGUUGGCCUCCGAGCAAAAUGCGAAAUAUCAAGGAACCGCCAAAAUCAGCUUAAACCAAAUCACCUUACAUCCGUCUCUUGUCCGCGAGUUCGACGCUCGAAAGGUGCAUCGACUGUGCAAAAUCUUCAAAAAGGAUGGCUGUCGACGAUUAGACAUCCAGCACCAUGUGACCGCUACUGUGUCACGGCGUCAUCUGGACGCUGCUCUCAGCAAGGCACGGGUGAGCGCCCAGGAGCUAAUGACUAAUCCUCCAGACCGGUAUCCGCACCUUCAGUUCUCUGCCGAAGAGGUACGCUGUCUCCAUGGCCAACAUCGUCUGAAGGCGGGCGGGGAAUUACUCUCGCCCAGCGAUCAGUGGUGGACGGUCGACCUCUAUCUAGACGAUAUAAGCUCCGGCCUGCAGACCUCUCUUAUCGAUGAGUAUUCCAACGCCAGGCCACCAAGCGAUGGCGAGGUCUACAGGAAAGUCCGCCAGUAUCAGCAUGAAGCUAAUUCUCGCUUCGAGGAGCGCUGGAUUUCGCGACUGUCGGCAAAUAAAGUGAAGCGACUGCGCCAGCUUAAUUCCCACACACACGUACGUGCUGCGUUCGACGCGAUGCUGGCGAUCCCUGGGCUGUGGGGCGGACUGCAUAUCGGCUCCUUCGCCCGAGUACUGGCUCUCAACUGUGACGAGGAAAUCGUUAAUUAUCUGACGUUCGUUAAAGAAUUCUGGGCGUCUCUGGUGGGAAAUGAUCGCGAGCGGAUGAUAAGAAUUGACCUACAAACGGUGGAGAGCCUACAGCUUCUGGCCCCCGGGGUUUCCCGGAAGGAUGUAAAGACCGCCCGGGGCCGCGUGCUCAGCGGUGAAGCCUUCGGCGACUUCAGCGACUCUGAACGUAGGGCUAUCUGGGAGAAUCUGCAGGGGAGGAAAGAAAUCAUCCCGUCGCUCCAUACAUUUUUCCAGGACAUCUACUAUCUUGAAGCGUGCGCCAACUGCCUGAAGCGGCUGGUUGCUGUCAGCAAAUUUUAUCCCACUCUUCGAAGGGCCUUUGGAAGCAUCCUUCAGACUGACCCCGAGGCCGUGGACUAUAUGAUUCAGACAUCGGAAACCGGCCAGCGGCGAUCAGGCUCCCUAACUGACCGGGAAGAGCUUAGCUAUCGGCAGCUUUGGUUGUACGCCAUGCGCCAUUACCGAAAAAUGCCUAAGGAGCCUGGGAGCGACGAUCUGCUAGCGAAAUCCAGCCAUGAGAAAGCCGACGAGGGUGCACUGUACGAAAUGGCUGCCUUCGCACAAAGUCUCGGUUUCAGCUCGGAUGAAAUCAAAGCGCUCAUCAAGCUAUCUCCCGACCGCCAGGUCGCUCGAGCAGUCCUGCUGAAAGCAAGGGAUCCAGAGCGAUUUCAAUAUGAUAGCGGGAUAUUUGAAUCCCUCGUCAAUCGCAUAGUGGCAUGUUUCUCUUAUGCCGCCCCCAUCGAGUGCCGGUCGUCCCCGGAUUCCUCCUCCGGCAGCGAGACGCCACUAAGGGCUCGGUGCGGACUUCCACACUCUAAAUCUCAGAAGCAUGACCGCCAGUUUCUUUUUGUCGACCAGGUGCAUACAGAAGAUAUGCCGGCAGGGGAGAAGGUCUCCACGCUGCUUGUGAGGCGAUGCGUCUACUUUGCCUUCUUUGGCAAGCCACGCCAUCAGGCUCGGGUUGGAAGUAGUCCUCCGGGGGGAACUACUUCAACUAUGCCCAUGUCACCGCUCUUUGUGCCUGAGGUUGGCCCUCUCGUAGAAAGUAGGCCAACGGCAGAGAGAGCUCUGCCCAGUGGUGGUGUAGAGGAAAGUGAGAGCAAGCGUCUCCGCAGAGCGGCACGCCGCGAACGGCGUCGCAGAAAGGAAGAAAAAGAGCGCCGCCGACAGGAACGAAGACGUCACACAACGACGGAGAUUGGUCUUACAGGCGGAGAGACGAGCGACAAUAUUAAAGUGCCCCUUGAAUAUCCUCCUCCGUUAGAAGAAAUCAAUCACUUUGGCACUAGCGCGCCGGAUUCAAUGCAGCUAGUAGAGGAAGAGCUGCUUCAGCCUCAACAUGAUGCGGGGGAAGCAAAAAAACCUGGAGACCAGCAGACCGAGGAAGAUGAAGCCAUGGCUGAAGACACCGAGACAGAGAGGCUUAGAUGGGAGGUUGAGGAGCAUGAGAUAGAUGGGUCAUCGGCGCAAGAGCAGUUGAUGAUGGAUGCCGAAGAAUUGGCUGCCGAUGAGACGGGCCACCGAGUGGAGACGGUUGCUGCUGAGGAGCUGCGGCUUGCACAAAAGGAAGCUGAAAAGGAACAAACUCGCCAGGAAGCCGAAGAAAGAGCAGCCGCACAACGUGCCGCCGAAGAUCUGCGGCUUCAGAAGGAGGCUUCAGAGGCUGCAAAGCCGCGGCCUUGGCAAGCAGCUGCAUCUGCAGCCGAGGAGGCAGGAGACACCGUUAAAACAGCCGAAAGUAGACACGCGGCUGGAGAGACGAGACCUCCACAUAGGGUGGAAGAAACAACCCGUUUCGACAAGGAUGCAGAGGCAGAACAGCAGAGGCGAGAGGAAGAGGGAGAGGCUCCUAACCCGGUAUCUGAAACUGCUACCCUCACCAGGCCUGUUGGAGACGCAGAAUCUGUUAAAAAACGAACCCCUCGACCAACCACGCAGUUUGACCUUGCACCAUUAAUUUUCAGUGCAGAAGAUGGCUCUAGCUAUACGAGCAGACAGCGAGUCUCAACGGCCCAUGCUCAGCCAAGUAAGUGGAGGCCUGGAGGGCCCCAGCAGGCACCGUGGGGGUUAGGACCCGUAAAUGAAAUCGCCGUCGUCGAAUCCAGAGCAGUAACAAUCAUCUUUAAAGCCCGUGAACAGGGCAUGUGGGUCGACGCGUACAAGAUGACCAUCGACCCGUCAAACCCAUCCGAUCGGUUGCGUGUUGAGCGAACAGCCAAGAAAGAUGCGCGAAACCGACACGCGACCUUCUAUGACAAGGACUUCAAGCUGAUCGCCCCUGUGCAGUGCUUGGAUGCGGCGAUCAAAGAUGGCACGAACACCGUCUUCAUGGUAUUUGGUGGGGAGUUGAAGGUCGAUGAGAACAUAGUGGCGUCUGCAUCUCAGGCGUUGGGCAUUCGAAAGCGGCAGAAAUCUAGAGCAUGCGAGGACCCAAGGCUCGAGAAUCAACCAGCGGAGGAAGAGGAUGAGCUAUAA